GCUGCGCGUGACGUCAGCGGGGUGUCGGUUUUAGCGGGUUUUCCGUAAAGCGGUUUAUUCAGUUCUGUGGAGUUUUUAGCUUUUAAACUUCAUAUUUACCACCAUUUACCCGCUUUAACCGAUAUAAAACCUCUCCCCGCGGGGUAAAAGCGGAUUAAACUCAUGUUUUAAAGGCUGUUUGGUAAUAAAGAGGACUUUGUUGAAGGCAGGAUUCUCCAAUAUAUUUUCUUUAUAAUGGAGAAGGAAACGGUGCCGGUCUUACAGAGGAAACCAGAGGAAACCGAAAAUAAACGAAAAAUCUCUAGAGAUGUUGAGAUGGAUAUUGAGUAUCUGUAUGAAGUUGUGCCCCAGCUGUCCCGGGUUUUUCGAAUCACAGACAAAAUUGGAGAAGGUACCUUCAGUUCUGUGUAUCUCGGUGAGGCUCAGAUGACGGACGGCAGGAGGGAGAAGUUUGCGCUGAAACAUCUCAUCCCCACCAGCCACCCGGUUCGCAUCGCUGCAGAACUGCAGUGUCUGACUGUAGCAGGUGGUAAGGAAAAUGUGAUGGGGGUGACGUACUGCUUCAGAAAGGAGCAUCAUGUGGUGAUUGUGAUGCCCUAUGUAGAGCACCAGCCUUUCGUGGAUAUAGUCGGCACUCUGAGCUUCGAGGAGGUGCAGCAUUACAUCUAUCACUUACUGAAAGCCCUGAAGCACAUUCACGAGUUCGGCAUCAUCCACCGAGACAUCAAACCCACAAACUUCCUCUACAACCGGCGGGACAAACAGUACGCUCUGGUGGAUUUCGGGCUGGCUCAGGGAACUCCGGAUACUCAGAUCGAGCUGCUGAAGGUGGUAAAGGCUCAGAAAGCUGGUGGUGGGUCCACGGGAAGAUCUGAGGAAUCACAGGGGAAACGGGCACUGAUACCCUUACCCCCCAACACCCCCCACCACACCCCCCACACCUCCACCAAACCUGCAGCUAAACGCCCCUGCCCUCCACCCUCUCGCACCAAACACACCAAGGAGCUGAUGGGACUGUGUAAGACGUCUCGUUCUGUGUUUGGGGAGCGAAACCUCAACAACACGAAUCCUCCGAAGACUCCCACAGAUAAAGUCGAGGCUCCCCUAUUAAAACCCACAAAAACAGAGGACGUUGCUGCUCGCAGGUUUGUGUCGACUAAACGGCGCCCCCUUCCUGCCAGAUCCAGCACGACCGGCCAGAAGCCCAAACCCACCUCUCUGAACCCGGCUCUCACCUGCAGCUGCUACAUGACUGACCACAUCUGCAACAUCUGCCUCUCCAGGAAACAGCAGGUGGCUCCCAGAGCAGGAACUCCAGGAUUCAGAGCUCCUGAAGUUCUAACCAAGUGCCCCAAUCAGGGAACAGCGAUUGAUAUCUGGUCGGCAGGUGUGAUCCUGCUGUCGCUCCUGAGCGGCAGGUAUCCGUUUUUUAAAGCCAGUGAUGAUCUGCUGGCUUUAACCCAAAUCAUGACCAUCCGUGGAUCUAAAGAAACGGCGCAGGCAGCCCGGAAGUUCGGUAAAGCUAUAGUGUGCAGUCGUGAGCUUCCACCGCUGGAUCUGAGGAUCCUCUGCGAGACCCUGAGGGGCAUCCGGCCCUGUGGAGGAGAUUCCCUGCCCCCCGAGUUCAGGACAUCCCGCCACCCCGCAGAUACCAAGCAGGAGCAAACCGGACCCACGCCGGGACCGUCCCGCGGAACAGGCUGGGACAGCGUCCCGGAUCACAUUUACGACUUACUGGAUAAAUUAUUAGAUCUGAAUCCAGCAACCAGAAUAUCCGCCGCCGUCGCUCUGCAGCAUCCACUGUUUAAAGACUUCACUGAGUAACUGAUGGGCGUGGCCAUAAAUAAAUCACUAAUUUAUUCAUGCCCCGCCCACAUAAUGUGCUUACGAAUGCUGAAAUUGCCAGAUUGGAUAAGCUUUACAGAAAUGUAGUGCAUUUCUUUGUUCAUUUUAAUCGAUUUACAGUACUGUGCUAAUGUUUUCGACCCCUGAUCACAUGAUUAUAAAUGAUAUUUGUACUAUUUAUUGUAAUAUUAAGAUAAUAUUUUCACACCUAAAAGUCAAGAACAGUCUCGGAAUAAAGGUUUGUGUUUGAAACCUUGUAUUUGGUUAGUUUUGUCUAAAUAUCUCCCUGCCAGAAGCUGCAUCAAACCUGGGUUAAUCUACAGUUACAGUAGAUACAGAAUCACCAGCACCGUAAUCUGUUGUACCCGUACUGCUCUGUAAUCAAUCUACAGUUACAGUAGAUACAGAAUCACCAGCACCGUAAUCUGUUGUACCCGUACUGCUCUGUAAUUAAUCUACAGUUACAGUAGAUACAGAAUCACCAGUGCCGUAAUCUGUUGUACCCGUGCUGCUCUGUAAUUAAUCUACAGUUACAGUAGAUACAGAAUCACCAGCACCGUAAUCUGUUGUACCCGUACUGCUCUGUAAUUAAUCUACAGUUACAGAAGAUACAGAAUCACCAGCACUGUAAUCUGUUGAGUCUGGAGGAAGAGUGGAGAGACACACAGUUAAAGCUGCUUGAGGUCUAGUGUGAAGUUUCCACCAAUCAGUGAUGGUUUGGAGAGUCAUGACAUCUGCUGGUGUUGAUCCACUGUGUUUUAUUAUCAAGUCUAAAGUCAGUGCAGUUUUGUUUUCCCACAAAAUCUUACAGCACUUCAUAUCUUACAGCUUCCCUCUGCUACUGACAACUUUUAUAGAGAUGUGGAUUUCAUUUUCCAGCAGGAUUUGGCACACUGCCCACACUGCCAAAAGUACCAAUUGUUCUUAUAUAGUAUUCUAAUUUUCUGAGAUAUUGAUUUUUGGGUUUUUAUUGUCUGUAAGCCAAAAUAAUCAUCAACAAUAAAAUAAAUAAACGCUUAAAAUAGA